UGCUCCAAGUUUUUGGAUUGAUUUUGGGGUCUGAAUAAUAUGGCAACAACAGAUGUUGGAGUAAUCACUGGUGUUUACAAAACAAACCUACAUUGCCCCCAGUGCGCGCUUGAUAUCAAGAGACCUCUUUUAUGUACUCAAGGUAUUCAUAAUGUGGAGACUGAUAUGGAGAAAUGUGAAAUAUGGGUAAAAGGAAGCUUUGACCCCAUUAAAAUUCAGAAACGAAUUCAGAAAUUGUGCAAGAAGAAGGUUGAGUUAAUUUUGCCCAAAGUGCAGAUCAAAGAAACUAGCCUAGUUGAGAAAAAAGUGAUCAAGGAAACCAAACAACCAGAUUUGCGGACAACAUCAGUCAAGGUACACUUGCAUUGCGACCAAUGCGCGAGAGACCUCGAAAAGAAGUUGAUAAGGCAAAAAGGUAUUCAGAGUGUUAAAGCAGAUAUGAAAACUCAAAUUUUGAGGGUGGAAGGAAGCGUUGAAGGUGAAAAACUAGUAUCGUUCUUAAGAAAAAAAGUGCAUAAACACGCAGAGAUUAUAGUCCCCAAAAAUAUAGAAGAAAAGAAGGUGGAAAUUAAGGAAGAGAAAGUAGUCAAAGAAAAACAAGGAAUUACUACUACUUAUGACUUAGUGAAGAAGGUUGAGAUUAAGGAACAAGUAAAGGUAGUGGAAGCAAAGUCUAAAGAAGGAAAUGCUCCUUAUUUUAUUCACUAUGUCUACGCUCCCCAACAUUUUAGUGAUGAAAAUCCAAAUGCUUGUACCAUAUCCUAGUAUACAAACACACACACACACUUAUAACCACCUAUAUACGUACAUAUAUAGCUUAUGAUAUUAUACUUUAUUUAAUUAUAUGCCUAUAAAUGAUCUAAUGAUUUUGUUAUGUAAAUUGAUUUUUUAUAUUAUGUUUUGUUUAACCAUGUAACAUAUGUUGCUGCUCUCUCUUAUUAUAUAUACUUAGAAACUUUUUUAUGUAUAAAUAAUAUAUAGGCUUCAUAUUUUGUCCGUUUUGGGGACAAAUUCCAUGUAUUAUGAUCAUUUUAUAUGUACUUAUUUUGAUAUAUUUUUAAGGCAAAA